AUAAUGUUGCUAAUACUAUAGGCUCGCUUGGUACAAGGUCUCUGGUCACAGUGUCCAGAAUACCAUCACAGUGUCUAGUGUGAUUCGGAGGUCAACAUGGCAAAAUAAGGUUCUGUUAUACUGCUAGAUACCAUAUCUUUGGGACAUCAGCGCCCUCUGGUGGUGAACAUAUCGUGUCUGUAUUUGUGAACCGGAAGCAGUGUUCGAAUGUCGUCAUGGGAAGCAAAGUGAGUGGCAAGAUGGCAGCUGCCAGUCGGGUCGUGCAGGUUGUGCGACCGCAUGCACCUUUAAUGAAAUUCCCAGAUCGAAAAGGUUUCCCCAGGCCAAAUGUACAAGAGGCACUAAAUGUGCUUGCAGCAAGUAUCCCAAAGAUCUUUCCAUCUGCACCUCCACCUGCAACAUCUAUAUCACCUCCACCCAGACCACCAGGACCUGUCGCCCGACUCCCUGGCACCCCUGACAGUAUUGCUGUAGUUAGCGAUCUCCCUCAGAGAUACCGCAGAAGAACCCUUGCAUUGGAAGAAAUGGACUUCAUCCAGCGUGGUGGACCUGAGUGACCGUGGAUCUGUUUUUGUUGCCUGAUAUUUUCUUUGUAAAAGAGUAAUUAUCAAUAUGUCAUUUAACACAACAAAUGUACAUAGAGAUUAUUAUUUAACAGUUGUACAUCAUCUGAUCGGUUGUCACACUUAUUCAGGUGCUUUAUAUUUACAGGACAGAAGUCAAGUUUUACAUAUUACAAUUAUAUAGCCGUUUGCCUUUUUUUUUUUUUUUUUUUUCAAAGAACUAAUUUCUUGUUCUCAAGUUGUUCUCCAGCUGCUCUGUUAUUAGCCACCAUUGCUAACCAUCAUUAACAAAGCUGAUGGUAAAUUUCAUAUUACCUGUUCUGACUUUAGAGCAAAUCAUUGAACUGAGUGCCAUCAUAUAAUACCAG